CCUCUCUGCGCGAGAGCUCCUCGAACAAGGAGGUCCUCUUUCUUUCCUCUUCUUCUUUUCUUUUUUUUCUCUUCUGGAAUUCUCGUCCACUUCAUUCCUCUGCAAAGCCUGGCUCCGACUCUGAUCGAUUCUCUUCACCCCCUCGCUCCCAUUUGCCACAGAGAAUCGGAAGUUAAUACAAGCACUUCUUUCCUCGAUUGCAGUUCUUGCUGAAACUUCGCGUACCUUGUACUGACUCUGCUUGUUCUGUUUCUUGCUUUUUCUCCUCUCCGGGAAGAGAUAAGAAUUCGCCACUCCACACCAAUCGUCAUGGAUCACAGCCUAACUGCAUUGUCGUCUCGAUGGAGGUGGAGCACUUUCCUGUUCUCGGCGAUGAUCCUGGCGGAGUUCUUCCCCCUGUCCCAGCAACUUUCGUACGAUUACUACGACAACGUCUGUCCCCAGGCCGAAAGAACUGUGAGAGCUUCGAUUUCCAGCAACCUUGCGGGUGAUCCCACCGCCGCAGCGGCGCUUCUCAGGCUUGCCUUCCACGACUGCCAAGUUGGAGGAUGCGACGCUUCCAUCAUGCUGAAUUCGCAAGGUGGCAUCACCAGCGAGAUGGUUGCCUCCAAGAACUUUGGAAUCCGGCGUCUCAACCUCAUUGACAACGCGAAAGCGGCUGUGGACUCGCAAUGCGGGCCUGGCAGAGUUUCUUGUGCUGACAUUAUCGCCAUGGCUGGAAGGGACGCCGUUGUCUUCGCAGGAGGCCCCGACUUUCGAAUUCCCAUGGGAAGGCUCGACAGCACGUUUGCUAGCAAUGCCGCCGCCGAUUCCAGCCUUCCACCGACGACCAUCAGCGUUGAUAAUUUCCUCAACCUCUUUGGAUCCAUGGGCAUGUCCACAGAAGAAAGCGUUGCAAUUAUGGGUGGCGGUCAUACUCUCGGCGUCGGGCACUGCGUGAACAUCGUCAACCGGCUCUAUCCCAAUGCGGAGUCGACCUUGAGCUUCGUAUACGCGACUAGAUUGCGAGUGAGCUGCCCGUCCUCAGAUCCCAGAUUCAUCAUCAAUGCCACUACUGUCCAGAACGAUUUCAGCAGCCUUCAGUUCGACAAUCAGUACUUUCGAGAGGCGACAAUGGGUCUCGGACUCUUCACCAUUGAUGCAGCGCUGGCCAGUGACGCGAGAACUUCUCCGAUAGUGGCCAGGUUCUCUCAGAACCAGAACUCUUUCUUCAAUGCCUUCGCAAGUGCUUACGCGAAGCUCACUUCUUUCAACGUACUGACUGGAAAUCGAGGUGAAGUGAGAAACAACUGCAGAUUUGUGAACUAAAGUUCAAGAAAGAAGAAAAAAUGGAAGUUUCGCUACCUUCUAGAACGGACAGCGUGUUCUCCACCAGCUAGCUAGGCUAGUCAGUCCAAGAUCUUUACGAACUGGUACGAGAUAAAGUCGGGAAAAAAAAGGAACACAUGAAAAAUAAAAUAAAAAAGAAGGUUCCUUUCUUGUA